GCGGAGUUCCUGUAUGUUUUCUGGUUGCCAAUGAGAAGAUGUUGCGCUGUGGAGUUGGAGACAGAUGAGUAAUCACUGUCAGACGCUCCGAACGCAAAUAACGUCGCUCUUAUUUGGAUAAAUUCUGUUUCUUCAACUGAUGUGGACAAUUUAGUGAAGAUGCAUACGACUCGCAGUCCAUCCGCAUCCGUCCAGACAGGGGCAGCUGGAGACGCUCUGGACCUCAGCCUGACCGGCUCUCAGCUCACAAUGGGCCGCAGACCCAGCAGCGCUUCACCUGGAAAACACUUCUCUCGAUCCAUCUCUGUGUCUGUGGCCAGUGAUGGCCGGGGGAAGCGAAACACACUGGCUGAUGCUGGAUUGGGAAGCUCACGAGCAAUUAAGAACCUGCGUCGGUCAAACAGCACCACGCAGGUGAACCAGCAGGCCAACACAAGCCUCAGUGAAGGCCACACAGAAGACUUCCUGGCUCUGUUCAACAGCAGCUCUGAUGGACGUAGAAAACUGGCCAGCCUCUCCAAGACGUCCAAAGACCAUACUACUUGGAACAUCCUGGAUGACCAGCCGAGAGCAUUUCCUGUGCCCAGCAGCUCUCACAGUACCUGCAGUAUGGAUUCUCCUACAGGCAUGAAGAAGAGGGAAGCCGGCGUCUCUCUGGCUGCCAACUUCACUGCCAACAACAGGAGCAAUAAAGCAGCUGUGGGUAACUCUGUGACCACCAUCCUCCAUAAUAACCACUCAGAGAAGCCCCUCACUCCAAAGAGCUCCAAUCAGAAACCCUCCUUCAAUAACAUAAUCAAAGCCACCGUAAAUGAUGACGUGGCUCUGGAUGUAAGCUGUUCUCUUACUAAGUCUCAGAAGAACUUCUCCUCUGCGUCAUCAAGCUCCAACAACAACGCCCCCCGAAGCCCCCGAAGCCCAGGUCAGCCACGCAGACGAGAGGUGACCGAAGAGGAGGCCGAAAGAUAUAUUCAGCAGGUGAACCAUGCUGCUAUUACCAUCCAGCGAUGGUAUCGUCGCCGAGCCAAUGAGAAUACAAUCAAACACCUCCUUGCAUCCAAAAAGAAGGAGAGGGAGCAGAGAGCAGAGGAGGAGAAAACCACUGAAGCAAUGAAGAAGAAAGAAGAUGAUCGAAAGCGCAUCAGGGAAGAGAAGGCUCGUCUGGCUCGACUUAGCGCCAUUCAGGAGCUUCAGCAGAAAAGAGCCCAGCGUGCUGCAGAGGUACAGCAGAUCGCAGAGGAGGAGGUAGAGGCACUAAAACACGCUGGGAAAGUGGGGCGUAAAAAGCUCACCAAGAGUUCUCCCACUUCUCCCACUGACGUCAAGGCUAAGAACACAGAUUCUAAUAUGAACGUGGUGCCUGAUCCGGAUGAUACGACGAAUCUAAGGGCUGCGUCACCCGCAGGCUCUAUAUGCAGAGGAUCUCAAUGUUCUCAGGAGAUCCUCCAGAGGUCUGUGAGCAUGGAGGAUCAGCGGCAGGGGGCGUCAUCGAGUAGAGCACAGUCAAAAACCACUCUGAAUGACUUGCUGGACACACUAAAGCUCUUAGAAGAGGAACCAGAGAGACUGUCAGAGCCCAAGAGCUACAGGAAGGACAAGUAUUCGUGGAUUGAUGAGGAUGGAGAUUCUAACUCCCUGACAACAGAUAAUGUGGAACGGCACAGGCAGCUGAGUCAGACUCCAGCUCUACCAGACGGGGGCGCUCUGCUUUCAGAAGCCAAACUGCAGAGCAUUAUGAGCUUCCUGGAUGAGAUGGAGAAGUCCGAGCAGGAGAGACCACGCUCCGUCACCUCUGGAUCACACAGAGAGGUGGUGUUGUCAGAGGAAGAUCUAGCAGUUGUGGAACAAGCCUCAGCCACAGCUGCUGAGGUCACCGGCUCUAUGAUGAGACUGAAACUGGAGUUGGAUGAGAAAAAACGCACAGUCAAUAUGCUACAGACAGCACUGACCCAGCAGAGGGAGCUGACAAUCCGGCAUGUGAAGGAGACUGAGAAAGAGCUUAAUCAUACCUUUCAGUUACAGAAGCAGCAGUAUGAAGCUACGAUACAGAGACACUUGACGUUUAUAGACCAGCUGAUUGAUGACAAAAAGGCCCUGAGCGAACGUUGUGAGGAAGUAGUGGGAGAACUCAAGCAGGUGGAUCAGAAAUACACCAAGAAGAUUGCUCAGAUGCAGGAGCAACAUGAGAUGGUGUGGCAAAUUCUGGGUCCCAUGUGUGAGGAGAUUAAGAAGCUGAAAGAGUUAAUGAGUGCCACAGAAAAGAUCCGCCGGGAGAAAUGGAUUGAUGAGAAGACCAAAAAGAUCAAGGAGAUCACUGUAAAAGGUCUGGAGCCAGAGAUUCAGAAGCUCAUCACCAAACACAAGCAGGAGCUGAAGAAACUCCGAGUUCUUCAUGAGGCAGAGCUGCUUCAGGCAGACGAGAGGGCCGCCCAACGUUACGUCAGACAGACCGAGGAAUUACGACAGCAGUUGGAGAGAGAAAGAGAUGAACAGUGCCAGAGAGAGAGAGAACUAGCCAAGCAGAGGUUUGAGAAACAGCUGCAGGAAGAGGAGAACGCACUGCAGCAGCAGAGGAGACGUCUGUAUAAAGAAGUGUCAGAGGAGAAAGAGCGAAUCACACAGCUGGCAGCCAGGCAGCAUUCUGAGCUUGAGGACUUAAGGAAGCAGUUGGAAGAGAACAGCUCUUUGGCAGCAAGAGCACUGAGAGAAGAGCUGGAGAAGAGCAGAGAAGAGCAGGAGAGACGACAUCAGGUUGAAAUAAAGGCCCUGAAGGAAAGACUUGAGAUUGAGAAACAGACAUGGGAAGAAAAUUAUAUGAAAAAAGAGGAAGCAUGGCUGCUGAGCAGAGAAAGGGAACUGAAGGAGGAAGUGCGUCGAGGGAGAGACAAAGAGAUCGAGCUGGCCAUUCAGAGACUAGAGGAGGAGACUAGAGGGGCAAGAGAGGAGUGUGAGAGAGCAUCUGACAACCGGAUAAAGCGUUUGAGGGAGAAAUACGAGGCUGAGCUCCGAGAUCUGGAGCGUUCGGAGCGGGCAGCAUUGCAGAAACAGCAGGAGAUAAGAGAGAAACACAGUGAGAUGGAGACAGAGCUCCUCCGGCUGCAGUCGCUCUUACGACAACGAGAGCAGGAGAUUAGCGACAUUACCCAGGCCCGUGAUAAGUUAUCAGAUGAGCGCCGCAGUCUAGCAGAAGUGAUCAGACAAGAGUUUGCAGAACGGCUUGUAGAGACGGAGGAAGAGAACAGGAGAAUGAAGAAGGAGGUGUCAGAGGCCAAGGCACGACUCCGUUUAGAGGUGGAGCGAGUGACAAGAGAGAAAGAAGAAGAGCUUGCAGAGGUGCAUCAAAGAGUGAAGUCCGCUAUUUUGAAGAAGGAAGAGACUGUUAAUAACCUGCGCAAGCAGCAUGAGGCUGCUGUCAAGAGAGCAGAUCAUCUCGAGUCUUUGUUGGAACAGCAGAGAAAACAGCUGUUAGGGAAAUGAUUGACAAGUUAGGGCACUGAAACCCCCAAAUCUCCUUCCCUUCUGUCAUACCGUCCUCCUGCACAAAGAAACUUUCACUCUUUAUUUUAUUUGUCAGGUUUCUCUUAUUUCUUUUGGUUGUUUGGAUGAACUGAUGGAUUCUGGAUCGACAUUUUGGUUCCACCAGACUUCUCAUCCAGAAAGGCGGCCUUUGGCAUUCCCAUGGGAACAAGGCAAGAAAUGAGAGAGGAAUUUAAUCUUCUCCGAGAUUCUUGGAGAGCUUUUGUGGGUCUCUCUUUCAUGGAUAUGACCAAAUUACAGACUCCUUUCAGCCACCGGUUUCACACAGCCAAAUUAAUUUAAGCAUAGAAAAAAUACAAAAUAAAUCUUCUCACUUGAGUUUAGAUCUAGUAUGUUGAAUCUCAUAAAACCUUGUCCCAUAAACUUGUGCAUAUUUCACCCCAUAAUCAAAAUAUGUAAGUAAGAAAUGUCUUUAAAUUUAAAUUAAGCAAAAAUAAACAGUUUGUAUAUUGCAAAAAAAUAUAUAUUAUUUAAGUAUUGUAUUUAUACAACGUUUUUUUUUUCUUUUUUUUGUGUUAUUUAUGCUUGUAUUAAAGCCCUGUUUAAUAAAAAUGGAAAUUGGAUCACAACUGAGAUUUUAAUGGGAUUUGCAAAACCCUCAAAUGUUAGAAAAUGAUGACGUUUGCAUUGGAAACUGACAAUGCAAAAUGGUCCUAAAAUUCUUUAUCCAAAAUAGCAUUUUUUACAUUUCAUAUUUUGAUUCGGGGGUAACAUCUGCAUGCUUUUGUGAGUUUCAUCCAAGAAGUUGAAGGCAUUUAAAGAAAGCUUUUGUUGGUCACAGAGGCAUUCACAGUAAACUACUCCAGAUGUUUCUGUAACUGCCUACCCUCUUCCCGUCUCUCUCCAGCACUGGAAUUAGGGAAAUGGGUGGAGAGUACAGUGGACAGGAUACGUGGGAGAGGCAAAGGCUAUAAAAUCGAGAAGAGAAGUUAACCCUUUACAUUAAAGAGGAGAGGCUUAACCCCCCACCAACACAAACAUCCCUUCUCCCCCUGCCUUUUGUGUGUUGCAUACAGAUGCCUUUUGUCCCGAUACCCCUCUGGGCUAUCUCUAAAUUACAGGAGAUGUCCCAGAAGCCCCCAGGACACCCAAACAUGCUCACACAGAGCCCACAGUGAGGCCCAGUUCUAGUUCAGACAUCAAAGAAGUGAUGGCAGAACAGCUAGACUAUAGAGAUUUUAGAAGGUUUGUUGACAGCGAAGCAGUAGAUGGUGAAGAUAAGUAUGGAGUGUCUCUUUAGAUUGAUAAGGACUGACAGUAAGUUGAGCAGCUCUUACGAUGUGCAGCUGAUUUGCACAAACUGAGGUGAGAGACCUGGUUGAGGUUGAGUUGAGAUGGAUGUAGAAAGUUGGGUAGAUGCAAAUAUCAGAUGGAUAGAAAAUUAGGAGAAUGACAGUGUUUAUGAUUUAGGAAAAGCAGAACUGGGUUCAACAGGAUGUUACACACAGUGACUGUGAUUUACCAAGUAGGACGUUCCUAAAUCAUCGUACACGGUUAAAUAGUUGCUUGCAAGCAGUGUUAGCUAAAGUAAUUUCCAGUCAUUGAACUAAAAAUAACAUUGAAAUAAAAUAAUUUGUCUUUUAAGCACUAUGGUUACUAAAACUGAAAUAAAUGACAACUCUACGAAAGCUAUAAAUACAUGACAAACAUAAAAUAUAUAAAAAGUAAGAGAUUCGGUAAAAAAUAUUUAUAAAUACUAUAGUAAAAUACACUAUAAAAAUUUUAUUUGAAGGCAUACAUUGAUUCACACAUUGGUCUGAAUGAAUAAUUAAAAGGAAAAAUCCCAAACAACUGGAAAGAUCAAAACAUCUUGGAUCAGCACCAGCCAGAUGGAUUUAAUAGAAUUAUUAAUAACAUUAGCUUUUAUCAAUGUAUCUUUUCCCUUUGAAUUUAGGUGUAGUCCAUUGUUUGGAAGUUAUUUUUACAUUACAUGAAUGUUGUUCUGGCUUAACACCAAUAUGUUGAUCCAGGAACCUCCUUCUUGGUAAAAUUACAGUGAGCUGGGGGAGAUGUAGCAUGACUGGUAUUGGCUCUGUGGUUCAAAGCACAGCUAAAAGGCCUCCAAUCUCUCUCGUUCUCUCUCCAUAUUCUAUACCAAGUGGUCUGUCCAAAAGAGGAACAGAGACCAAUGCAGUUCAGCAUGGGUUGGGGUGGCAGAGUGGGGGAGGUGCUUAAAUACUCUCACAAGUCUCCAUUGUUUCUUGCUAUAAAGUCCCUACAUUUUUUCUUCCUUUCUUCUAUUGCAAAACUUUUGGUUUUAUGAGGAGACUUUUCUAAAACCUUUCAACUGAACAAUAAUGACACAAGCCAGAAAAGCAGUGAAUGUUUAACCAAACCAGAUGUUUAAUCUGAUUGGGCAACUUUAGGUUUGAUAACCAAAGAGAACUACUUUAUAAAAAGUUCUCUUUAUCUGCAAAACAAACUUUUGUUAGAGAAGUUGAUUUACUUGCCAAACUAAAUUACUUAUCUAAAGUUGAACAGCGUGAGCGAGGUUGUGACCAGCUACUUCCUAAUGUGAAACUGUUUUCUUGUACCAUUUUUUGAUGGAUUUUGUAUAUCAGAUUCUUCCUGAUGUGUGAGCUGUUUAGUGAACGCAGCCACAUCGAAAAGGUCAGAGUGAAAAGUGCCUCAUUCCUGUUCUCUAAUGAGAGGAUCAGGUGUCUCAUUUUCAAGCUGUCCUCGCUAGCAGAACACCGCAGACUCUGCAGUGCGGCUCAAGCAGAAAUACUGAGAUUUCUCUGAGGCAUAAUUUCAUGAGUCACCUGUUGACAUCACAUUUUAAUGUGUGCGUGUGUAUCCAAGGUCAGUUGGAUGCAUUCGAUCAGAAGCCCAGUGUGAGGUUCAAAAUGUUAGAACAUUCUGAGAAUGUUUCAAAUGCAUUUCAUGAAGGUUAGAAGUCCAUUUUGGCAGCAGAUGCAGGUCUUUGGCUGUUUUUCACCUUCAGAUGGCAGCGUGGUUGGCAUGGCCAGAGUUUCUCAGUCCCACUCAUGCCAGUGAACUAUUCUUUUGUGAGUGUAGAGUUUAAUAGCCAAGCGCCGGUCGCCAUUUUACUGGCCUUUUGAAACUGUGGUCUGAAAAAAAAACACUACUUUUAUUACCUUAAUUAAUGUCUGAUAUCAUUCCCCCUUUUCCUAUUCAUGGUUAAAUUAGGUUUUGUUUUUUUGCAUGUCUAAGUGUAAUUUAAAUGUGGCCUUUAACGUGUAGCUCUUAAUUUGAUUAUUUUACCCAUAUCCUGUAUUUUGUUCCAAGUUUAAUAGCUGUGUUUUCGAAAAAUGAAGAAAAGAAUCUCCACAGUACGAUAAUAAAUCUUGAAAACGA